AUGGCGGCCACCUCGACGACACCCGACUCCGCACUCCCUCCCACCCCCAGCGAGCCCAGCGAGCCUGGCGGCUUCCUUCGCACGCUCUCCCCGCCGCCCUCGAGCCCCACCCCCUUCACCACCGCGCUGCCCACGCCCUCCAGCAUACCUCUCACCGCGCAUGCCACCAGCAAACUAAUCCGACACCUCGACAGCGAGCUACUCUCGAUCUCACGCUCGCACCUGAACCGGUACGCGAGCGAAUACAGCAGCUUGCCAUCAAUCCAGCCACUCCUCACCUCCCUCACGCAGCUAGUGGACCUGUUGUGGAUCUCAUCCACCCCCUCGCUGCAAACGCAGUACCUCCUGCAGAUCGCCAACAGCCUCAACGAGUACCUGCCCGGCUACGCACUGGGUAGUCCCGAGGAGUGGCGCGGCGUGUUCGCGCUGCUGGAUCGGCUGGACAGGUGCUUUCACGCGCUGAUCACGCGCUCGGUGGGCGGCGGCGGCGGCGCAGGACUGAACAUGACCGAGAAGGUUCGCCUCAAGAGUCUGGUUGAGCGCACGCGCCUGCAUGUGGUAAAGCUGCUGGACACCGGGACGGGCGAUGGCGAGUGGGCCGCGCUGGAUGUGCCCACCGAGAGUGAGGGACAUGUGCAGUUUCGAGGUGGGGAUUGGGACGGGGCGCCGCCGACGCCGGCUACGACUACUGCGACGGAAACGGAUACGGAGACGGACGACGAUAUGGAUGUUGAUGAGGAGAACGAGGAGGAAGAUUUGGAGUGGGAGAUUCAGGUUUCCAGGGUUUAUGAUAGGACUCUGCAGGAAAUUGGCGACGACUUGAUCUCUGCUACUUCGUGA